GUGCCAAACACCUGCAUCUCCAUUCAUCAGUGAGUGGGUGAGAGCGGCACGCCUUCCUCCCUGCAACUCAACCAACUGGACUGCUGCUGUUUUCUGAGUCUGUCACAGCCGGUGCAUGAAGACUGGACGAGCUGCUGAGUCUGGGGAGAAAACAGACUUUUAGAACGACAUGGAGAUUGAAAGCAUGGUGGCAAACAGUGCUCUGAUCAGAGCCAGGGAAGGUGGAGGGGGUAAAGGCAGGAGCUGGAAGUGGAGAGAGAUGCUCCGCUUCCCUCACAUCAGUCAGUGUGAGGACCUGGCCAUGAGCAUAGAGAGAGAUUACUACAGUCUGUGUGUGAAGCAGCCCAUUGGAAAGAAGCUGUUUCAGCUCUUCUGUCAGAGUCGUCCUGAUCUGCAGAACUACAUCUCCCUCCAGGACGCUUUGGACACUUUUGAGACAAAGUGCGACGAGGAGAGGAGAGAUUUUGGCAUCCGCAUCAUUCAGAAAUACCUCAUGAGUCAGUCCAAUCAGUGCGUCCCCGUUGUGCUGCCACACGAACAGAGCUGCAUCCAGAGUCUGGAGUUCGAUCCCUGCGGGGACGUCUUCCAUGACUGCAGGGAAGACCUGCAUGAGUACCUGAGUGGAGAGCCCUUCCUGCAGUACCAGGACAGCAUGUUUUUUGACCGUUUCCUGCAGUGGAAGAUGGUGGAGAGGCAGCCCAUCACCAAGCACGUGUUCAGACAGUACAGACUGCUGGGGAAAGGAGGGUUUGGAGAGGUGUGGGCCUGUCAGGUGCGAGCCACAGGGAUGAUGUACGCCUGCAAGAAGCUGGAGAAAACCCACGUGAAGAAGAGGCGAGGAGAGUCCAUGGCUCUCAAUGAGAAACAGAUACUGGAGGGACUGGACAGUCGAUUCGUGGUGAAUCUUGCGUACGCUUACGAGACCAAGCACGCCCUCUGUAUGGUCCUGACCAUGAUGAACGGCGGGGACUUGAGGUUUCACAUUUAUAACAUCGGCGCGCCCGGCCUGGAGGAAGACCGAGUCCGUUUCUACGCCGCAGAGGUCUGCUGCGGUUUAAUGCACCUGCACCAGGAGUCAAUAGUAUACAGGGACCUGAAACCUGAAAACAUUCUGCUGGAUGACAACGGACACAUCCGCAUCUCUGACCUGGGCCUGGCCGUGAGGCUGUCUGAGAGCAGGAUGGUGCGAGGCAGGGUGGGCACGCUGGGAUACAUGGCUCCUGAGGUGAUCAGCCACGAGCAUUAUGGGAAGACCGUGGACUGGUGGGGCCUCGGCUGUCUGAUUUAUGAAAUGACUGCAGGGCAGCCCCCGUUCAGGUCCCGAGGAGAGCAUCCCAGCACCUCCGACAUGGAGAGACGGAUCCUCACACAGCAGGAGGAGUAUAAUGACAAGUUUUGCCAGGAGGUGAAAGACCUCUGCUCCUUGCUGCUGACCAAGGAGCCGAGACAGAGGCUGGGCUGCUGGGGCGCCAACGGGAAAGAAGUUCAGUCUCACGCUUUCUUCAAAAAAAUCAACUUCAGGAUGCUGGAGGCCGGACUUGUUGAGCCGCCAUUUAAACCUGAUCCCAGACAGGUGUACUGCAGCGAUGUGCAGGACAUCGAGGAGUUCUCUACGGUGAAGGGGGUCAUUCUGGACCAAAAAGACAACAACUUCUACUCCAAGUUCAACACAGGCAGCGUCCCUAUAACCUGGCAAAAUGAGAUUAUAGAGAUGGGAUGUUUCAGGGAGCUAAAUAUUUUUGGCCCUUCUGGUUCCCGAUCCCCGGACCUGGACUGGUCCCAGGCCCCCGACCCCCCCAGGCACCCAAAACGCAACCUGCUGCACCGAAUUUUCCGCCAGACAUGUAAGAACACGCUGCUGCUGCUGCUGCUGUUUCUCAAACCGUGUGCAUUAGUUCUGUAAAAGCUGAAUGUUUCUCUCCUCCGACAGCAAACUCCAGAUCCGUCAGACGAAAGCAGACAGAGUUUGGUGUCCAACGACGGCUACCUGAAGCCAGGACUACUCAACGGUGCCCUCUGAGGACUGACGCAGCUCAGAGACGACUCUAAAGACUCUAAAAAAACAACCAGCAUCCAUCCACUGUAGCAACAAAGAACAAUGGAAGCACCUCCACAAAUCACAGCAUAGCAGACGUCUCUUUGUUCUCCUGUCACUCAAUGCUCCUGUAUAUACGCACUGGUUUCUUCAUCGGUUGUCAAGUUGUUUAGUUUUACUGCUCUGUCAGUGACGCACAUGCACCAACACUCAACUCCAUCCAUUUUAAAAACAACUUAUAUUAGCAGCUUUUUGUUAAGUACUUGAAUUUUGAUACAAACAGCACAGAAAAUGAAGCUACUUCUUAGUUUCAUUCAUGAAACGUAAAUAAGCCGCAUUUUUAAUGCAGUGGUUCCCUGUCAGGGUUUUAUCCUGAUUACAAUAUGUUACAAAAUAUUAAAGGAGCUAUUUCUAAGUUUUGCUAUCACUACAUAGCUAAUGUUAGCAUUAUCAGGGGUUUACUUACCAGUCUAGAAGAACAAACUUUCACAUUCAGCAUCAAACUUCAUUCCUUUCAUCGCCAGGAGCUGCAUCCAGAGGUGGAGAGCAACGCCAAUGUUUUUCUUCUUUUACUUCUACUGAAGUUAGCAUGCUAACCAGCUAGCCCUGGCCUGUCUCAUUACUUUCCGAUAGCAACUCACUGCAGCGCCCAGUCUGCCCUGAAGAAGUAACUCUGCUCAGAAGACGUAUUCCAACCUCUUGGGAAGCCACCAUCAGCACCACCACCUGCUCCCGGCAAGAAACCAGAUCUGGCGGUUGGGAAAACUUACAAAUUGCCCCUUUAAUACUGUCUUUUCUGACUGUUUUUGCUUUUUUCUUGUAAAAAAAAAAAAAAAACUGGAUACUUUUACUCAUCUGAAAAUCCUUCAAAUUAAACUUAACUUUUUUGUCUUGUA